AUGACGACCUUUUUCAGGGCGACGGACGAAUCAAAGAAUGAAGCUGAGAAAGUCGAGGGCCAGUUUGAACGGCCUGCAAUAAAGGAAUACACGCUGGAAGAACUGUUGGGAGAGGACAAUGGUAUCAAAAAGAGCGCCUCAUUGGAAUCCUGGAUUCAGAAUAUUGAAACAGUUACAGGCAUUGCGGCGCUCGAAGCCGCGAACGAGAAGCGAAACAAAUUCGGAGAAAAAGGGUCUGCAACAACGGUGGUCAAGGAAGGUGCAAGAAUUUUGGGAGGAAGCAGUGUGACGGAAGGACAGCACAGCUACAACGUUCUUGUGGUAACCUCACCUUACAGUGGCAGCACCAUUUACUGCGGAGGCGCAUUGCUGACCCCCCAAUGGGUGAUAACCGCCGCGCAAUGUGUCGCAGGGGCGUCUACAAUUAAGGUAUACGCUGGUGCGGUUAGUAUGCCAGUAGAUGCGGGUACAGCUAAAGAUGCAACAGCGAGGAUCCAUCCUAACUUCGUGCGCAACUUCGCACUGAACGACAUUGCGCUGCUCAAGACGGCUACUCCGUACACCCUUUCAAGCACCAUUUCCACAAUUCGACUUUCGACCGAGAGUGUCGGUUCCGUGGAAAACGCGCAGCUCAGGACGUUUGGAUUCGGUCCUGAAGACAACGGUGCUGCUAUAGGAACUUCCUUGAAGUACGUUGACAUGUCGAAUCUGAAAAAGUCCACGUGUUUGACGCUCACUGCAGACUUUUAUGUGGCCUACCCUGGAAACACCGGAUGUUUGAGCACCUCCGUCGCAACGAAAGGAUGGUGCUAUGGAGACACCGGCGCCCCCGUCGUUUACACGAAUGACGGAGACUCAACAACCAAGCUCUACGGCGUUAAUUCUCAAUUUCUGGGCUGUUCGAGUGCUUAUCCGAGCUCGUACACGCUGGUGCGCCCGUACCUCAACUGGAUCAGAUCGACGACCCUGCUGACGCUCACUUAA